AUGGUGGUUGAAGUCGGUUCGUUGGACCGCAAUGCGUUGGAACCCUUCAAGACGUGGCGCCUCGGAACUUCAGCUUGCGAAGAUGACGGCGGUAUCAACAUCGAUCCUCAUCUCUUCUCACCACAGGCUUUGAGACGAUGUGCCAAGCAUGAGUCCAACUGCCCUUCAGCUUCGAUCCUCAGAACUACCUUGGUUACCGCGAAUGCCCAUGGCCCGGAGCAUGAAUCAAAGAUUUUUGCAACAACAUCCACUGAAACUGCCCAGACGAACCCAAUCACCUCUUCACCAACAAAUCCGCCGACGGUAUCACCUUUCGUGUUCCCUACCAGCCAGGAGAAGGCCAACUUCCUCUUCUCGAGCCAACCUUCAUCUUUCAACAGAGUAAAGCGUGCUAGAGCCGAGUCCGACGUUGACGGCCCAUACACAGCCGGACUGAGUUGUAAAAAGCGUCGCUUGAGGCUUCAUCUCAUAACAAGUCGGCUCUCUCAGCCCUACUCGUUACCCGCGACACACAUCAUCAACCGUGAAGCCGGUCCUCUAGGCGACAAGCGUUUCGUGAAGCUCGCUGCCGUGGCCACCUCGCCCGAUGUCGGUAAACAAGGCCUACUUCGAGAGAGCUCCAUCAUGUUGAGAGCGGCAGUACUCAAUAGAAUCCGGCUGCGUGUUCGUAAUGAGGCGACACAGCGUGGCGAUAUCGGUAUCGCCGUGACAGCUGCCAAUGCAGCUGUGCUUCACCACGGCCAGCAGUUAGCCACAGGAGCAAGUACAAUGCUGGACGAAAUGGAGGAUGACGGGCUGCUGGCCUUUCCCACAUCAACACAUGAGUGUUCCUACGCGUGGGCCGACGACGACGAUUUGGAAGAUGUGUACUCUGACUUUGGUGCCAUUUUCGGAGGAUCUGCACAGACCGGUGAGACUGACGACGACGGCAACUCCUACGAAGAGUAUCUCGAUGAGCUGGAUGGUAUUUCUUGGGUCGGCGGCAGGUAG